AUGUCCACCCCCAACGAUCUGCAAGCCCUCCUGGCCAGCAUUCGGCCUCGGCCAUCACCACCGAAUGCCCCUGGUCAGGAGAACUUCCAUCAGCAACGUCCCCAGCAGCCAUACCCGCCAGGCAUGUUCCCGCCUCAUCCGCAGCAUCCACCGCACCCGCCGCCGCCCUAUGAUGGUCCGAGCUAUCCCCAUCCCCAGGCGCACGGUUAUCACCACCCCCAGGUUGCGUCGGCGAUGCAUAGUCCUUCUCCUUUGAAUACGCCGCCUCACCAUGGCUCCGAUAUUAUUAGCCCCAACGUGCCCUCACCUUACCCCGAGUGGGCCCAACAGCCGCAGCCGCCUCAGCAGCACCAGCAGCACCAGCAGCAGCCAAACAACCCUGAUCGUGCGGCCAACCUGCUCAACUUGCUGAGAUUUAGCCAAGGUUCUGGUGCUGUUCCUCAGCCUGCUGCUCCUUCUCCUGCUCUUGCUCCGGAACAAGCUCGCUACCCGGCGGCCCAGGAGGUGACUUCUCCCCAUGGACGAAAUAUUUCCGCGUCGGAUUUGGUCGCCUCGAUGUUUGGCAGACCUGAUGCUGCUGCUGCCCCAGCCGCUCCCCUCGUCACCCAAAUUGCUGACGAGUCCGGGGCCCAAGAGGAACCGCGUGGACCCUACGUUAACAUGUUGAUGGAAAUGCUCGCUUCCGGACCCAAGGCCCCUGCGACUGAGGAAACUCAGUCGGUCUCGCCACAGGCCCAGGCUGUCACCAUCGAGCCUCUGAUUCAGGAAACUGCCGAAUCUACCGUGGAAUUUGAGGACUCUAGCCCUGAUGCUGCGCAGCCGGAGACGGUCGCAGUCUCAGCUUCCAACAAUUCCAUCUUCACUUACAGCAACCCAUUCGACCAGCUUGCCGCCAUCUCCCCUCGCAACAAGUCUCCACAGCCCCCAUCGCGUGGCGAGACCCCGGCUGCUGAGGUCGUGGAGAAGACCACUGUUCAUGUCACCGCAAACUUGGGCGUUGGGGAAGCUUCUGAGCCAGUGCAGCCCAAGAAGCGGAACCAAGAGCCUGUUCUGGAACCCGAGCAACGACAGGCAGUCAAUGAUGUCGUUGGUCGCCUCGUGGACGAGAUUGGUCGCUCUCUUAGCGCAAGCGAAGCCCAACCGUCAUUCGAGCCAGAGGCUGUAUCUCCCCCCACAGAGGAGGAGUCAACCCAGGCAGUUCUCUCCUCGAUCGCCAGUAACCUGCGGGAAACCGCAUCUGAAGCGAAAGAGUCCGCCGAUUCAGAUGAAUCGAUCAAGCAAGCUGCUGCUGUUGCUGCCGCCACGGCCACAGUUCUUCUCCAUGGCAAUGAAAACACCGACGCUCUUGCUGAUAGCUGGGAGAGCGCCGAGGAUAGUGCUGAGAAGGAGGAGGAGCGCAUUGUUUCUGUGCACAACUUCCCCCUGAAGCCUUUCAUCUCCAUCAAUGUCAAACCGCAAUCUGGAAAGUCUGCGGUCUUCCGUGACGACGGUAUUAUGGAUAUCGCUCGUCUCAAGAAGGACUUUGAUCAGCUGGAUCGCUCCCUGACUGCUGCCACUUCCGAGUACAUUGUGUACGCUCUCGCAAAGACUGGUGGUAUUAGGAUUAUUCGCCAGGAUGAUGGAAGUGACCGACAGGUCUUCCGCUCUACUCGGGACCGUGUGUUUAACGUUACCUUGUGUACGUCUCCCCCAACGACCGGAUCUUCCGACGUGCAGGCUAUCCUUGGCAUCGGUGUCAGCGGCACUGUCUACUGGGCAUUGAUCUCGCGCCAUGCAAAGGACCUGUUUGAGUUGGAUGCCUUGGAGAGCGAGAGUCUGAUUUUCCCUCCUUUCCCGGCCUCUGACGAGAAUACCUCCGGCGGCCAGCUGAAAACGCGGGCCAAGCGGAGCACUCGUCACCCCGACUUGUUCGCUAUCGGACGUGGCAAGAAUAUCUAUGUCGUUUCUCCCCAGGCUGCAAUGAAUGCCAGCUACAGCGUGACUGGGUCUCAGCGCACCGUCAACACCGAGAAGUUCUUUAAAGAGCGCGCUCUAAAGAUUUCUACCGGUAAGGCCGGUAAGGAUUUUGCCUUCAGUGAAGACGAUACUGUGAUCGCCUCCCUGGAUAAGACCGGCCGUCUUCGUUUCUGGGAUAUCCGUGAUUUCCUGGCAAGCGCUAGCGUUGUUGAGGGUCCUGCUCCGAAUGAGAUUCGGGUUCCCUUGAACACAUUUGUGACAGGCUCUCCCGCUGAGAAGUCCUGGCCUACCUCGGUACUUUUCCUUGACAAGCUGCGCGCCUACUCGCGCUCCAUGGCGCUGCGCUAUGUCCUUGUUGGACUCAAGCAGAACCACACCUUGCAGCUCUGGGAUAUUGGGCUUGGCAAGGCCGUGGAGGAAUUGAAGUUCCCUCAUGAGAACGAGUCGGAUGCCAUCUGCAGCGUCGCCUACCAUCCCUCCUCGGGUAUUAUCGUUGUUGGACACCCUACUCGCAACUCCAUCUACUUCGUUCACUUGUCUGCGCCAAGAUACAACCUGUCGCCGAUGUCACAGGCGACGUACAUCAAGGCUAUCGCCGAGAAGGACAGCACUUUGCCCAAGCCCGACUCGACUGCAUGCCUGAGUGGAAUUCGGGAGAUCUCUCUCGGUUCCAAGGGCCAGCUGAGAAGCCUGGAGCUCCUUCCGGUCACCAAGACUGCCACCGAUAAGCGAGGCCAUGAGGAAACUGGUCUGUUCGAGCUGUAUGUUAUGCACUCGCGCGGAGUCACCUGCCUGAACAUCAAGAAGGAGGACCUGGGAUGGACCUCUGACAACAAGGUGAUUCGUCCAGUUGACGGUCUUGAGGAAGGUACUAUUGAAAUUACCGACCUCCAGUCGUUCCCUAGCUAUGUCACUGAUGACCCUUCGGUCAACGGUGACGCUGCUUCUAUUCCCUCCAGAACCUCCAAGGAGCCUACCAAGAAGACUGACCUCGUUGACUCCGCUGCUGGUGUGAUCGCGUCCCGUAACGCGUCUCCCACCAAGACUCAGAAGAAGGAACAGGUUGAGAAUGUGCCUGUGCCUGUGCCUGCGCCUAGCGGCGUUGAGAAGACUGAGAAGGUCGACAAGAAAAAGAAGAAGAAGAGCGUUUCUGCCUCUUCGGCCAUUUCUGAGGCAACCGUGAAAGCGAAGGAGCCAACCGCAAAUGUCGGUGCCGAGCCCCUUCCCACUGACCCUCAAUCUUCCGGUGAGACCACCCCUUCAUCACUUCCUUUAGCCACCCCCAACGUAUUUCUUACCUUUACCUCCUCAGGAACCACUUCUACUUUAUCGAUGGCACCUUUCUCUCUUGACAAGCAUCUUGAGAGUCUUCAGAGCACUGUUACCCAGCAGUUUAAUCAGAGCUUGGGUCGUGAAAUGGAGGGAGUCAUGAGCCGUUUCGAUGAGGAACGCCGCAGCUGGGACGCUGCCUCCUCCGCGAAACAGGAUCAAGUGCUGCGUCUCGUUUCCAGCACCCUGUCUGACAAUGUUGAGAAGAAUCUGGCCCGCAUUGUCUCUGAGAGCAUCAAGACUGAUGUCCUCCCUGCUAUCACCGAGGCCACUUCUGCCGCCGUUGGGAAGCAACUGAACUCCGUCGUCUCUCAGCAACUCGGUACCUCUCUGAGCAAUGAGAUUCGCCUCGCCCUUCCCAAGGCAGUCAACAGUGCUUUGCCUGCUGUCAUUAAGGCCGCCUCGGAUAACCUCGCAAAGCAAAUGGGCCCUCUCAUCGGGGCUGAGAUCAACAAGGCUCUGCAGAGCUCCCUUCUCCCAAUGAUCGAGGAUAUGGCCCGUGGCACCAAGAAGUUGGAGACCGAGAUGGAACGCCACUUCCAAUCCCAGAUCAAACACUUGGAGGCGCAGCGCCGGAAUGACCAGGCGAAGAUGGAUGAAAUGUCGGCCAUGCUCCGAAGCCUUUCGAGCACUGUCAAUACCCUUGUUGCCAACCAAGACAGGCCCCGCAACAGCAACAGCAACACCAUAACCAACACCAACACCGCCCUGAGAAUCGCGCGCAUACCCCCCCAGCGACCAGUGAACCGAAGCACCCCUCAGCCCAAUGGCCCUGCUCCCCAUGCCGCCCCUGUCGCGGCGCCCCCGGUUCCUACUCAGCCCCCUGUUCAGGCUCAGGCUCAGGCUCCUGUUCAGGCCCAAGCUCCUGUUCCUGCUCCUGCUAUUCCCACCCCGGAACAAGCCGAGCUGACAGAGAUCAAGCGGAUGUUCGAGACAAACAAGUGUGAAGAGGCGUCGAUCAAGUGGAUUCAAUCCAACCAACAGGCCGAUCUGUUCGAUAAUUUCUUCAUUCGCGUCAACCCUCAGUUCCUGACCAGCCUUUCCGCUAUCGUCAUGCUCUCCGUUGGUGUGGCUGUUACCUCGUCUCUCUCAACCAACAUUGGUGCCCGUCUCGGAUGGCUUCACGUGGUGCUCAACAACGUGAACCCCAUGGACAACGAUCUGCGCGAACUUACUCCAAACAUCAUGAAUAUUCUCGGACAGCGCUUGAACAACCUGUACAUGGCAGUCGCCGAGCGCAACCCUCAGGACCCGAUUCUCCGCCUGAUCGCUCCCCUGUCCCGUCGUGCCCGUGAACUUCACGGCGGUAUCUAA